AUGCCAAGCAUAGAGGGAUUACUGAAGAUCAUCAAUGAAAUACCUGAAGGCGAUGAAGGUGCCCCUGAAAAGGUUGCCGAAAUUGCUCGGAAGUAUAAGGAUGUUUUCGAGAAGAAGCCUGGUGAAGUCGAACACUUUUUGACGAAUUGUAACCCAAGGAUAGGAUCGGCCGCUAUGAUGGUUGCCAUAAAAGCGCUGUACGAUAGCUCUAUCGCUAAGAAUAAUGAGCAGGGUGCUGACCGAGCUGUCGAAUUUUUCAAGCACUUCAUUGAGAGUGGCAAUUUGGUGUUGGAACAUCUGAAACUCGUUCCAGAUGUUGUUUUCCCUCUUGCCAGAAACGCUGUUAACUACUGCCUAAGAAAAAAGAAUGAAGCUCAAAUAGGACUUGAUCUCGCUCUGUCAGCCAUGCGACUAUUGGUUGAUCCCAACGAAGGCAUUGUAUCCUCUCUUCACUCUGCCCUAUUUGCUGUCUGUGUUCGUUUGAACAAUGUAGACGCAGCCUUGCCGUACAUAUAUAGAAAUGUAACCGGGUUAGUGAAUGAGAGCCCAGUCAGCACAUCUGACUCCACGACAGAAAAUGUACAUGUUCGGAAGCAGCGAACAGUUUCUGCACCAGCACCGGUUUAUUUCGAGUCUAAGUAUAUGCUUCUGUAUCUCUACUAUGGAGCCAUUCUUUUGAUGAGAAGAAAUGAACUGCGUCGUGCGAUUUCUUUGUUGGAGAGUGCCAUAUUGAUACCUGGAUCUGCGACAACCGUAGCACAGCUCGACGCAUUGAAAAAGUUCUACCUUGCAAGCUUAUUGUAUUCUGGUAAAAUAAUAAUGCCGGCUGGUCGGUCAUCAGCGCUGACUCGAGCGUGGAAAUUGGUUGGAGAUCCUUAUUCAGCACUUGCGACGGCUGUCCAAUCAGCUGGAGAUCGAGCAAGUGCAGUCGAGAAAGUGCUGAAUGAUAAUAGAAAAGUGUUUACUGAGGAUGGAGCGGUAGGACUGAUUACUCGAAUUAUCAAAGAACUCAAAGAAAAGGCCGUCCUUUCUGUAGCGAAGACACUUUUCAAACGUGGAAAGCUGCUAGCCGAAGUCUCUAUAAGUGAAGGCAUCGUUCGACUUGAAGUCGUUUCAGAGAAGAUAAACAGUCAUGAUGUUGUUUCCAAGUUAGAGAGGUUGAACGUGUUGCGGCAAGAAAUGGAAAGGAUGGAUGCAAUCGCACAACUCCAUCCUGCUUUGCUGCAAAGGUGCAUGAAAACUACUGCAUUACUGCCCUACUGUUUCCCAGCCAACGAGGAUGAGGGCCUUGGCAUGAGCAGCAGUCCGUUGGAAUAUUAG